UUCAGCUGAUACACCGCACGUGCCAGCGCGUACAAUAAAUGCCAUGUGGACGGCUGGCUCCCUCUCGCCGCGAGUACAGUCGCACGUAUUAGUCUCCCCAACUCCAACGCAGCUUCCUCUGCCUGUUCCCAGAAACAAAUAUUUCGUUUUACACUUUGAAAUAAAUCCACUUCCCAUUAAACCCUCCAAAAUUCCCUCUCUCCCUCUCUCUCUCUCUCUCUCUCUCUCCUUACUUUCUCUUCUGCAAUGAGGAGCAACAAAACAGAGCCCACUCCCGCCGUCAGUUUUUACUUCUGUAGAUGACGACGACGUUGUUUCCAUCCUUCGUCGCCGUUGCUUUUCUCGUUGCCGUUUUCUCUCCGGCGGCAUUAGUUAAUGGGUUGGGCUCCGGCGGCACCUUCGCCGUAAGCUACGGCUCCGGCACGGUCUGCGGCAUCGUGGCAGAGCAAUUCUACAGGAGGAUUGAGUGUUACAGGCAGGGUGAGGUCAUCUCCGUGGAGCCCGAAAGAUCCUUCACGGCAAUCGCUGGCGGCCGGAACGGCUUCUGCGCGCUGAGGUCCGGCGGGUACAGCUUGCUUUGCUGGGACAACAUCGGCUCCUCUAACAGCAAUUUUCGACCCAAGAUGAUUUACUACAGCAAUACGGUUCUAUUGGAAGAUAUUGCAAUUGGGGAUGAUCAAGUUUGUGGGAUUGUGAACGGUACCGGGGCGGUAGUAUGCGUGAGGGGUGGUUCGCCGAAAGGGGUUUAUCAGUUCGAGUCAAUCUCAUCUGGGUUGGGGUUUUCUUGCGGGAUUUUAAAAAAUUCUAAGAGGGUUCGGUGUUGGGGCGGCAAUCUGAUUGGGAGCCAGAUUGAAGAGCAGUUUGGGAAUGUUUCAAUGUUGAGUAUUGUGGCAGGGGGCACUCAUGCUUGUGGAUUAGACGCUACAGGGAUUUUGAUCUGUAAGGGAAGUAAUAAUUCCGGGCAGCUGAAUGCACCUUCUGGUUCGGCGAAGGAGUUUUCAGGGCUGGCCCUUGGUGCCGACCAUGGUUGCGCGAUUCGUCAACCGGACGGAUCGGUGGUUUGUUGGGGCGGCGGAGGUGCGUAUUCCGGCUAUUCGACGGAUGGCGUUUCGUUCGUCUCGAUUGUCGCGGGUUUGAAUUUCACUUGCGGAUUAACUACGAGGAAUUUGUCUAUAAUUUGUUGGGGACCCGGGUGGCCUGAUCAGUCUGCCUCUAGUCUCGAUCUUCCAUUGCAGAAGAUUCUUCCAGGGCGGUGCGUUCAAUCUAAUUGUAGUUGCGGUAUUUAUCCUCAAUCCGAAUCCCUAUGUUAUGGCGCUGAGAAUAUAUGUGUGCCUUGCAUAUCGCAAAAUUCAAUGCCACCGUCUCCGGCUUUGCAGCCGGCGCCAGCUUCUCCCCCUUCAUCAUCUCCGUCCAAAGCUUUAUCGAGGGGAUUAUUAGCCUUCGCCAUUGUUGGAUCAGUCGGAUGUUUUGCAGGAAUCUGCACAAUAAUUUAUUGCUUGUACAUGGGAAUUUGCUGCGGUAACAAGAAAAUUCACAAUUCGGUUCAACCCACAAUCACCGGUGGCAAUUCCAACAAUGCCCCAGGAUCCAACCACAGCCCACCGUCGAGAUCGUGCACCAUUCGCCGCCAGGGUUCGAGAAUCAUGCGCCGCCAGAGGAGCGGAACCUCGGCGAAGCACACAGACAGGGCGGAAGAAUUCGCCCUGUCUGAGCUCGCCGCGGCUACCAACCACUUCUCUCUGGAGAACAAAAUCGGCGCCGGAAGCUUUGGCGUCGUCUACCGAGGCAAGUUCGCCGACGGCCGCGAGGUCGCGAUCAAACGAGGCGAGACGAGCACGAAGACGAAGAAGUUUCAGGACAAAGAGAGCGCCUUCGAGUCAGAACUAGCGUUCCUCUCACGCCUCCACCACAAGCACUUGGUGAGGCUCGUCGGGUUCUGCGAAGAAAAGGACGAGAGGCUCCUGGUCUACGAGUACAUGAAGAACGGCGCUCUGCACGAUCAUUUACACGACAAGAACAAUGUGGAGAAGAACAGCAGUAUUCUCAAUUCCUGGAAGAUGAGGAUCAAAGUGUCGUUGGACGCCGCUCGCGGAAUCGAGUACCUCCACAAUUACGCAGUCCCGCCUAUAAUUCACAGAGACAUUAAGUCCUCGAACAUUCUGAUCGACGCAAAUUGGACGGCCAGAGUGUCGGAUUUCGGGCUGUCGCUGAUGGGUCCGGAGUCGGGCCGGGAUUUUCAGCCGGCGAAGGCCGCGGGGACGGUGGGGUACAUUGACCCGGAGUACUACGGGCUAAAUGUGCUGACGGCGAAGAGCGACGUUUACGGGCUGGGGGUGGUUUUGCUGGAGGUGUUGACGGGGAAGAGGGCGAUAUUCAAGGAGGGGGAUACGCCGGUGAGCGUGGUGGACUACGCGGUGCCGGCGAUAAUAGCGGGGGAGCUGGGGAAAGUGCUGGACAAGAGGGUGGGGGUGCCGGAGCUUAACGAGGGGGAGGCGGUGGAGCUGGUGGCGUACACGGCGAUGCACUGCGUGUACAUGGAGGGGAGGGAGAGGCCGAGCAUGACGGACAUUGUGGCUAAUUUGGAGCGGGCGUUGGCUCUGUGCGACGACAGCCAUGGCAGCAUCUCUAGUGGGACAAUCACCAUUGUCUCGGAGUGAGCAUGAAGGUGGGGGGUGGGGGGGGGAAAUUCCUCUUUGAUUGUCAUUUAUUAUGAUGAUGAUUAUAAUUUUUUUAUAAGAAAAAAAAAAUGGGAUGGUUUUGGGGUGUAAAGAUUUUAGGGAUUUAAUUCUGCUGCUGACGAAGAGCUGUAGAGUGUAGGAUUUUGUGAACACUGACAGCCCAAGAGGAGCACUUGAUUUAUUUUAUAUUCAAAGAUAAAAAGAAAAGGAUUAUUUUUCGUCAA